AUGUCAAUCGCAUUCCACUCCGUCACUCCGAUCCUGCGCAUCUUCGACAUCGCCAAAGCCGAGGAGUUCUACCGAGACUUUCUCGGGUUCUCGACCGACUGGGACCACCGCUUCGGGGACGACUUUCCUCUGUAUCGACAAAUUUCCAGGGGCGGGCUUGUCUUCCAUCUGAGCGAACAUCACGGCGACGGAAGUCCAGGGGUGCACGUCAGAAUCAAUACGAGUGGGAUCGCGCAGUUCCACGCCGAGCUCGAAUCAAAGAACUACCGAUACAUGAAACCGGGCCUGGACAAGGCGUCCCCGGACAGGCUGGAAAUGACCGUCAUUGAUCCAUUUGGAAAUAAGUUGACUUUCGUCGAGGAGCAGAACAAGAAGAACGAACAAGGGUGA